UAGCAGCUCAUAUUUGUGAAGCCGCCUGAGAAGCUCCUGUUGUCUGCGGACAGUCGGGCGCUCCGUGACUCAAAGGUCCCCAGCAGCCUGACCACAGGCGGCCGGUGGGAGGAGGCAGAGACACCGCCGGAACAGCAGCUUCACCCGACGCAGCCUCUCUGACAACCGCAAGACGAGGGACCCAGCAGCACCACCCGAUGUCUGCGGAGUUGUCAGAAGGCCAGGAUCUCGACAGGCUGGAGGAAGGAGAGCAGACGUCAGAAGCACAACGCAGACUGAUAAGCGGCGGCAUGGCGUCCAUACCGGAGUACUACGCGGGCAAGAACGUGCUGAUCACAGGGGCCACGGGCUUCAUGGGGAAGGUGCUGGUGGAGAAGCUGCUGAGGUCCUGUCCUGAUGUCAAAGCCCUCUACAUCCUUGUUAGACCCAAAGCGGGGCAGCCCAUGAAGAAGAGGGUCAGCGACAUGAUGAAAUGCAAGCUUUUCGACCGGGUCCGGGAGGAGAACCCCGACUUCCACCAGAAGAUCAUCCCGAUCAGCACCGAGCUGACGCAGCCGGGCCUUUCCAUCAGCUCCGAGGACGCCGAGAGGCUCACCGCCUGCAUCAACGUCGUCUUCCACUGCGCCGCCACCGUCCGCUUCGACGAGCCGCUCAAACACGCCCUGCAGCUGAACGUGAUCGCCACGCAGCAGCUCCUCGCUCUGGCCCAGCAGAUGCAGCACCUCGAGGCCUUCAUUCACAUCUCCACCGCCUAUGCAAACUGCAACCGCAAGUACAUCGAUGAGAUCAUCUAUCCGCCGCCUGUCGAGCCCAAGAAGCUCAUCGAGUCUUUGGAGUGGAUGGAUGAGGACAUCGUGCAAGACAUCACGCCGCGGCUCAUCGGCGACAGGCCCAACACGUACACGUACACCAAAGCCCUGGCCGAGAGCGUGGUCCAGCAGGGGCAGGACAAGCUCAACAUCUGCAUCAUCAGACCCUCCAUAGUGGGCGCCAGCUGGCAGGAGCCUUUCCCCGGUUGGAUCGACAACUUCAACGGGCCGAGCGGAGUCUUUAUCGCUGCGGGGAAGGGCAUCCUGCGCACCAUGAGGGCCAACAACGAGGCGGUGGCCGACCUGAUCCCCGUGGACAUGGUCAUCAACCUGACCCUGGCUGCCGGCUGGUACACCGCUGUCCACAGGCCUAAAACGACUAUGGUAUACAACUGCACAACUGGUGGCAUCAACCCAUUUCACUGGGGGGAGAUUGAGCACCACGUCAUGCUGUCCUUUAAGAGGAACCCCUUGGAGCAGGCGUUCCGCAGGCCCAACGCCAACAUCACCUCCAACUACCUGAUCAACCAGUACUGGGUCCUGGUCAGCCACAAGUUUCCGGCCUUCAUCUACGACCUCUUCCUCCGUCUGUGUGGACAGAAGCCACAGAUGAUGCGCAUCUUCAACCGUCUGCACAAGGCCAUCAGCCUGCUGGAGUACUUCAGCAGUCAGGACUGGGAGUGGAACUGUGAGAACGGCAACAUGCUGAUGAGCCAGCUGACCCCCGAGGACAGGAAGACAUUUAACUUUGAUGUGCGCCAACUGAACUGGCCUGAGUACAUUGAGAAUUACUGCAUCGGCACCAAGAAGUACGUCCUGAACGAAGACAUGUCCGACAUCCCUGCUGCCAGGCAGCAUCUGAGAAAGUUGAGGAACAUCCGGUACACCUUCAACACACUGCUAGUGGUUUUCAUCUGGCGGGUGUUCAUCGCCCGCUCUCAGAUGGCCAGAAACAUCUGGUACUUCGUGGUCAGCCUCUGUUUCAAGUUCCUCUCCUACUUCCGUGCAUCCAGCACCUUAACCAACUGAGUCUUCCUCACAGCCUUGAGCCAGAGACAGGCAGCCCUCGCCUUCAGCUGUCAGAAGUAAGACAAAAAAAAAACAAAAAAAAAAACAUCUUAAACUCAGACGCUCUCGACGUGGACAAACAGGACUCUCCGCAUGAGGCGUCUGCAGCUGAGUGAAGUCAGAAGGAGAAUAACGAGGUCUAUUUGCCAUGUAGUUAGCUGUUGAGUUGGGAAAUCUGUCAUUGAAAACUUGACUUUCCCCGUCAGAAAAAAAAAAAACAUCCAACAAAGAAAACCCUCUGUCUUUUUGUUUUCUACCUAAUGUUUCCUUCAAGUGGCCAAUUAUAUAUGCAACAACAUGCCUUUUGUGUGACUUCCACCUUCCUUCUCACAACGUCACCUUGCCUUGUGAUAUCUUUGUUUUCCAUACUUGAAAUGCAUCAUAGCAGCAGAGGUGGAUGAUUUCUACAGUUAUUUUUUACUUUAUUUUAUUCUUGAUCAUGUCUUGCAUUACGUGCAUCCACUGCCUUUUUAAGAUGUCACUCCACAUCAUUCAGACGAGUAUUAAAGGCUCGAAUUUGCCCACACGUGGCGUCAGAAAGUUGAGACAAGCUAGUUCACUUGUCGGGCUUCUUGCUAAUUUAUGAUGGGAAGUGUUGAUAACGUCAGGAUGACUUUAAUGGUGAACAUCGCGCGUCCGGAUGCUCAUCUACUAUGUUUGUACAGAUGUUUCUACUGAACUGGGUUUACUACUUUUACAUCUUUAUACUUGCACCAAAUAAGCAAGUGUGCUUGUGUGUUAGACCUUGACAGCGUAGUAUAUAUGAAUAAAAGUACGAUCAGAUUGAAGUUUAUUUAUAUAGCAUAGUACAUACUGUUCAUUGUUCCUCAAUAUAUGGUCCUAAACAAGCGUUUUGAGAGAGUGACGUCCAAUGAUAGAAAUAUUUAUAGAAAUAUUUAAGAGGUUAAAUUGCGACGUGAAGGAUUAUCAUGCAUCUGAUGCCAGGGAAGUCGAGACAAUUUUAAAAAAGUAUUUGUCCAAUAUCAAUCACAUAAUUUAUUAGGGAAUGGGGGGUGGAGGGUCGUUGGGAGCUUUAAGUGGUAACCGUUCAGGUUUCUCUGGGAAAAUAUACACACAUGGUUAUUUCAACGUGCGAUGCAGUUGUGGUGUUGAAAGCCGGCUAAAUGCUAAAUGCUAACACAAAACGGGGAGGAAGAAUCAGGGACCAAGUACACAACCAUGAGGGAUGCCACAUGUGACAGAAUGGAGAAACGCUGCUACAUAAGGGAUCAGACUCAUUCAUUAGAUGUGCUUGGCAUCCUUCAUAUGAGUUUAAUAAGAAAUAAAUCUUAGACUACCAAAAAACUUGUAUUUGUAGAAUUUUUCUUCUUCUGUAUUCAGAGGACAACAGAGCUUCCCUCUAACCCCGAAAGGUAUUUAAUGUAUUACGCAAGUCUGAGGAAAACUGGGCAGUAUUGUCUACUCUGAGGUUUAACGACAAUAAACUUGAAUGAGCUUUUAUGGAAGACAAAGGGAAACGACUAAAUCUUUAUGCAAAACUCAAUGAUGGUGUCUCUGUUUGCGUUCGUUCAUACGAUGACUGCAUCAGGAAGUGGUUUUGUCAACGUGUCCCCAAAGAGCUAUAGGGCUAUCUCACUGCUGUCAUUCAUGUUCGUCCAUCUGGUCAGGGCGCCGUCGCCGUUCACUGAGAUCACGUUGGUGUAAACCUUGAAGACGGAGCAAACGGCAACACAUAACCGAGAACAAAUUAUCGUGACCGGUGUCAUUUUUGCAAAUUGUUUGACCAGCUGUGUUCCCUGCUGUAACAAGAUUCAGUCCGCUUGGAAAAACUGAAAUAAACAAGAUAAAAAUGG